AUGUGUCCUGGCGCCGACCCAGAGCCCAAUGGGCAUGCCAAUGGUGCCAAUGGUACCGACGGCGACCGCGACCACCCCGGCUUCACUGGCAUCGAGACCCGCCAGAACCCCCACCCCUCCUCACGGAACCCAUACGGCCACAAUGUUGGCGUCACCGAUUUCCUGAGCAACGUUUCCCGCUUCCAAAUCAUCGAGAGCACUCUGCGUGAGGGUGAACAAUUUGCCAAUGCCUUCUUUGAUACCGAGAAGAAGAUCGAGAUCGCGAAGGCUCUAGAUGAGUUUGGUGUGGACUACAUUGAGCUUACUAGCCCAUGUGCCUCCGAGCAGUCUCGCCAGGACUGUGAAGCUAUUUGCAAGCUCGGCCUGAAGGCCAAGAUCCUCACCCACAUUCGCUGCCACAUGGACGAUGCUCGUGUUGCCGUUGAGACCGGUGUUGAUGGAGUUGACGUUGUCAUCGGUACUUCCUCCUACCUACGUGAGCACUCCCAUGGCAAGGAUAUGACCUACAUCAAGAAUACUGCCAUCGAAGUCAUCGAAUUCGUCAACGAGGACUCUUUCCGGUCUGACCUGGUCGACCUUCUCUCCAUCUACUCUGCCGUUGACAAGGUCGGAGUGAACCGUGUUGGUAUUGCUGACACUGUUGGCUGUGCAUCUCCCCGUCAAGUCUACGAGCUCGUCCGUGUGCUUCGUGGUGUUGUUGGCUGUGAUAUCGAGACCCACUUCCACAAUGACACUGGCUGCGCCAUUGCCAACGCUUACUGUGCCCUCGAGGCUGGUGCCACCCACAUUGAUACCUCCGUCCUCGGUAUCGGUGAGCGCAAUGGCAUCACCCCUCUCGGUGGUCUGAUGGCCCGCAUGAUGGUUGCCGACCCUGAAUACGUCAAGAGCAAGUACAAGCUCGAGAAGAUCAAGGAUAUCGAGGACUUGGUCGCUGAGGCCGUUGAGGUCAACAUUCCCUUCAACAACUACAUCACCGGUUUCUGUGCCUUCACUCACAAGGCCGGUAUCCACGCCAAGGCUAUCUUGAACAACCCCAGCACCUACGAGAUCAUUAACCCCGCUGACUUCGGCAUGACUCGUUACGUGCACUUCGCCUCGCGUCUGACUGGCUGGAACGCCAUCAAGUCCCGUGCUCAGCAGCUCAAGCUCGAGAUGACAGAUGCUCAAUACAAGGCUUGUACUGCCAAGGUCAAGGCUCUUGCUGACAUCCGUCCCAUUGCUGUCGAUGAUGCUGACAGCAUCAUCCGUGCUUUCCACCGUAACCUGAAGUCGGGUGAGAACAAGCCACUGAUGGAUUUGACUGCCGAGGAGCAGGCUCAAUUCGCCGCCAAGGAGAAGGAACUCGCUCUGGAAGCCGAGCGCAGCGGUUAG